AUGAGGCUGGACAGUCUUACCAGGCUGAAGCAGUUGGAACUGAGGAGAUGUGAGCAACUGAAGGAAGUCCCUCAGGCUCUGCCACUCAGCCUCCAGGCGCUAUCCUAUGACGGCAACCAGCAGCUGGUGUCUUGGCCAGGCGUAUCAACACUCACACAGCUGAGGAAGCUGUGCUUGGGCACUGUAGGUGCAACCUGUCUUGAGGCCAUCAGCAGACGCCUAAAUGGUCUGGAGCACCUAGAGCUCACGUUGGGAGAUGAUGCCGAGGAGUCUCUGUCCGCGUUGGCAAGGCUCUCUCGCCUCCACACCUUGACACUCGACGGGGCUCGUAGCAUAAAUAAGCUCGUGGGGUCUGAGGGCUUGGCAUUGCAGGAGCUACGGCAGCUGAACAUCCACACUUGGCGUGAUGAACUCACAGAGCUGCCUGCAGCCAUCACCACUCUCCACCGCCUCACAUCCAUUCGAGUAGAAGCGCACAACUUAUCUUCUCUUCCGGACGCCAUUGGGGCAUUGUCAAGAUUGCGCAGGCUGGACUUAUGCGACUGCUCAUCCCUCACGCAUCUCCCUGAUUCCCUCACGCAGCUCUCCUGCCUGCAUGAGCUGGAUCUCAGCUGCACCGGCAUCUGGCUGCUUCCUCCUGGCUUUACUCAGCUCAGCAGACUAAGGAAUGUCAAGCUUGCUCAUGGUCGUUGGCAUUGGCAGCGUGUUGGUGGGCAGGCCACUUGGAACGACCUGCCACACACUGAGGCACGCAGAACCAGCUCUCAUAUUUAUGUCCUCUUCUCCCAUUUCGCCGUUCUUGCCCUCCCUUUUGUCUCCCCUCCCCUUCCCCUUUCCCCUUUCCCUCCCCUUCCCCUCUCCUUCCCCUCCGCCCCUUUCCCCUCUCCUUCCCUCCCCUUCCCUCCCUUUCCCCUCUCCUUCCAUUCUCCUUCCCCUCCCUUUCUCGCUCCCCUUGCCCUCCCCUCUCCCUCUCCUCUCCCUCCCAUGGGCCUUUUCAUCCCACCCAUGCCUUUUCAUCCCACCUAUGCCUUUUCAUCCCACCUAUGCCUUUUCAUCCCACCUAUGCCUUUUCAUCCCACCCAUGCCUUUUCAUCCCACCCAUGCCUUUUCAUCCCACCUAUGCCUUUUCAUCCCACCCAUGCCUUUUCAUCCCACCCAUGCCUUUUCAUCCCACCUAUGCCUUUUCAUCCCACCUAUGCCUUUUCAUCCCACCCAUGCCUUUUCAUCCCACCCAUGCCCUUUCAUCCCACCCAUGCCUUUUCAACCCACCCAUGCCUUUUCAUCCCACCUAUGCCUUUUCAUCCCACCUAUGCCUUUUCAUCCCACCCAUGCCUUUUCAUCCCACCUAUGCCUUUUCAUCCCACCUAUGCCUUUUCAUCCCACCCAUGCCCUUUCAUCCCACCUAUGCCUUUUCAUCCCACCCAUGCCUUUUCAUCCCACCUAUGCCUUUUCAUCCCACCCAUGCCUUUUCAUCCCACCCAUGCCUUUGAUAUGCGCUGGCAGACCAUCUACUGUGCUGCUCGCUAUGCUACACAGGGCAUUCAGGCACAGGGCAUUCAAGCACAGGGCAUUCAAGCACAGGGCAUUCAAGCACAGGGCAUUCAAGCACAGGGCAUUCAAGCACAGGGCAUUCAAGCACAGGGCAUUCAAGCACAGGGCAUUCAAGCACAGGGCAUUCAGGCACAGGGCAUUCAAGCACAGGGCAUUCAAGCACAGGGCAUUCAAGCACAGGGCAUUCAAGCACAGGGCAUUCAAGCACAGGGCAUUCAAGCACAGGGCAUUCAAGCACAGGGCAUUCAAGCACAGGGCAUUCAAGCACAGGGCAUUCAAGCACAGGGCAUUCAGGCACAGGGCAUUCAAGCACAGGGCAUUCAAGCACAGGGCAUUCAAGCACAGGGCAUUCAAGCACAGGGCAUUCAAGCACAGGGCAUUCAGGCACAGGGCAUUCAAGCACAGGGCAUUCAAGCACAGGGCAUUCAAGCACAGGGCAUUCAAGCACAGGGCAUUCAAGCACAGGGCAUUCAAGCACAGGGCAUUCAAGCACAGGGCAUUCAAGCACAGGGCAUUCAAGCACAGGGCAUUCAAGCACAGGGCAUUCAAGCACAGGGCAUUCAAGCACAGGGCAUUCAGGUUCUUGUGGAUCAACCUUGA